AAACCGCGCAGCACUAGUCCAGUGCCAGCUCGCUCGCGUCAAGGCCAAGCGGAACCCCACGGCAAGGAUCGGCGAAGGGGGCAGCCCAGGGACCCAGCGUGCUGCGAGUGUUGCGAUUUCGAACAUGGCUUGAGGUGGACGCACUGGCGAGUGAGCUGAGCUGAGCUGAGCCGAGGACAGACGACGAGACGAGACGAGACGAGGGGAGGGACGAUCGAAAAGCCUCGCCUGCUUCUUUCCCGGCGUCGUCGGGUGCGAGAGACUCGGGACGAAAUUCGACGAGCGGGCGAGGGGCGGGACACGGCACGAGCAGGACCUAAUGCAGCUGAAUGAUACGCGAGAAGAAUUGAGCUCAGACCGCGUGGACGAUCCCCAGUGCGAGGACGCGCAUGGCGAAGGAAGUGGAGGCGACAAGGCAAGAGCCGGUGCAACCACAGCGACAGCUUCUCAGCAGCAGCAGCAGCAGCAGCAGCUUCAGCUCGUAGCUGCAGCAGCAUCAGGAGGCGGAGGCGGAGGAGCAGCAGCAGCAGCAGGGGCUCGCCGCGGGCGGGGGAAAGGGAAAGGAGGGCCGCAAAAUGGUCUGUUUCAGUAUAGAGGGGUGCGGCAAAGGAGCUGGGGGCGGUGGGUGGCGGAGAUUCGCGAGCCUCGCAGGCGGGCGAGAAUAUGGCUGGGAACGUUCGCCACUGCCGUGGAUGCAGCUCACGCCUACGACUGCGCCGCAUGGCGCCUCUACGGGCCUCGCGCUCGCUUGAAUCUCGCUUACCCCAUUUCGUCGCAGCCCUCCGACUCGCCCCCGCUCGAAUCGUGCAUCCAGACCUCGCAAGCCUCCACAUCGAAUUCGUCCAGCUGCUCGCUCAAGCCUCUCCUGCCCGCCAUUGCCCCGCGCCCCAACCUCGCCCAUGUACAGUCGCAAUGCCAGCCCCCUCCUGCCGCUGCCCCCAUGCCGCACCACCUCCUGGAUUUCCGUCACGUCGAAGCUCUGGUUCCGGCUGCCAUUCCCAUGCCCGCGGCCUCCUUGCGGGACGCAGCCGGAUGGCACCUCUACAGCAGGAGCUCGGAGAAAUCGUUAAUUGGAGAAAAUUUUGCCGAUGACAAGAGUAAAGUAAGGCUUCUGUUGGGGGCUCCGGCUCCGUUGAAUUCCAAAGGCCGCACGCAAUUCCAGAGUCCGAAUUUGUAUGACUGCUGUCGCGGCGUUCCGGAUUGCUGCAGCAGCAUCGCUCGCGACGAGAAUUUCCGGAUCCACGGCCGCGAGAGCGAGAUCGACGUGCCGGGACUCUCGGAGAGCACCGCCGUCGUCGGCCUGGCAGCGCAGCUGAUGACGGCGAAUUCCACUCACGGCUUAUCGGACGCGUGCUCGCUCAUCGAGCGAGUCGAGGCGGCCAUGCAGAUUCAAGAUCUGCACCACGAGGCACUCCGAUCGCAAAAGCUGCACCUCGACGCAGUCCAAUCCCGCGAACGCGAGCUGCAGCGCAAUUCCUCGGCGCCCGGAUCACUCGAAUUUCGGCCGAUCAAAGCCGAGCCCCAAGAGAGGGCGGCGACCGAUUACUCCCAUCUCCAGCAGGCGCCGCUGGACGCAGUGGUGCCGCCUCUCGUCUGCUCGAGCGAUCAGUUCCGAUGGCCCGACACCGUCCAGCCCACCGCCGCCAGUCGCGAAGCCGACGCGUCGAUCGCAGCGUGCAAGGAGUGGUGGCACCCCAUAGCUAGGCAGAUCCUCAACAGCUGCAGUCCGGAAUUCGAGUCUGCAGACGAGUACACAGUGCCCAGCACCGCCACCGCCGUGCAAGCGCAGCAGCAUCCCUCGCUCCUGUGGAACUCGCCCGAGCACUCUCUCAGUUCGUCGCCGUCCGUGACGUCGCCCAUGCCUCCCACGAUGAUCUGGAAUUCGUCCGAGCAAUCGCUCACUUCCCCUCCAUCCGUCACCUCGAGCUCGCAUCCGAUUCUUGCUGACGGUCAGUGGGAAUACUUGCCCGCCUCCGGAUCCAUGUCCAACAACACACUGAACUGCUGCCAUUCGGACGCAUGCAACUGCAGCUGCAGCUUCAUGGACUACGAUUCGUUCAUGCACAUCAUGCAGUAAUUCCGCUGCAGUGUCUUGUCUCCCGGAUACAGUCCCGCCGAUUUCGGUCGAGCUGAUCCUGGUUUACUCGGGGCCACCGAGGACGAGGACGAGGAUGGGAACGGAUGCGGGUGAGGGCGAGCGUGAGGGUGAAGGUGAAGGGGCUGAGGCUCACGUGCCACAAAGCGAGCUCGAAGAUCAGCGACAUUGUUGCAGCGCAACGAUCUGAUCGAGCCGCCACUGGAUCAGAAUCGCUGAGCCGGAACCAAAAGACGGUCGGGCGGGCGGGCGGGCGAACGAUCUGUGAGGCCUUUUGCCAGUGUUGUCAUGAUCAUUGUAAAUGUAAAGCGAUCAAUCAGUCUUCGCAGUACAGAACUGUACUUCCGAGCUUGAAUGGCUGCUUGGUUAUCCUCAAAGGAGAGGGUUCAUCGAAUCGUCGACGGAUGCAUCUGAUUCACCGAGGCCAAUUCCGGUAAACGCAGGGAAAAGCAAGAAUGUGCGAUGGCUCCCAUGAAUACUGUCAUACUCUAUCGUAUGCUCAUUUACCAGAUCGAUCGGCACCCGGGGACCGCGAGUAAGAGAGCCGAGGCUGCAGCUUACUAGCUUGUAACACGAGGUCCAAAUCUUAUAUAUACGCAAAGAAUUACGCCGAUUCCCGACAGUA